AAUAGGUGCCACCUACCUAUUAUCAUUACGACGAACACGGUGAAUAGUUACUUGGACAGUAGUGCUCUUUUUACAGUUAAGGCCUUCAUAUUUUUUGUCUAACAAACGCCUGGUGGGCAUGUAUAUCGUAUGCUGACGGAAAGGAUAUAAGUAGGUCAUGCACAGAGGCCUAAUCCGCAGGUGGAAGUGUGAAAACGUGAUAAUUACGGGGACAAGGUGGUGAGGUUCAAGAGCUCUGAUCUGAUUUUUAAGGAAAAAUUGGCGGACGUUGAGGCAAAGAAAGAUAGUGUGUACGGCAAAAGAAAUUGCUGGGUAUCACGACUUAAACUUCAGGAUAUAUCUACGGCUUUUCGCUAUUUGAAACAACUAACGUGUAAGAGCAAUGCAAAGGUCUAACCGAUUAGCGGCGGAGCUUCAUCAAAUGGCCACCUCGUUACCUGCAGGAAUUGUGUGCUCUCAGGCUGCCGAUGAUGAAAUCGGCCACCUUGAAGCCAUAAUUGACGGUCCUCCGGACUCCCCCUACGAAGGAGGGCGCUUUCAUGUCGAUUUACGUCUACCUGUUCGUUAUCCCUUUGAACCCCCUGCGCUGCGAGUCAUCACACGAAUUUUCCAUCCGAACAUAGAUCCGCAAGGCAGAGUAUGCCUUUCCGCUAUACAAUUGCCACCGAAGGGCACGUGGAAGCCUGCACUGAAUGUCUGUGCAGUCCUAACGUCACUACGGGCUAUUAUAGCUCAACCAACGGCAGAGGACCCAUUGAUGGCGGACGUGGCUGAGCUUCUACAGAAUGAUCGAGCCGAAUUUGAUAGAACCGCAAGAAAAUGGACGCAAAUGCAUGCAAUGCAAACUAACAAGACGGAGGGUUCAACCUCUAGCGCAGAAAAAAAGUCGUUAUGAGUGGAAAUUAGGUUAUCUUCGAUAAAGAUAUUCGCUAGUGUAGUAGAUGUACUCGUAUUACAAAGGAUUCACGUAUCAAAAAAUAGGUUCCAGUUCACCUUUAGCCUUUCGUAUUAAUGAAAAACAUUUUUCGAAGAAAAAGCAAAACCAUUCAGUUCAUUGCUAAACGAAUAGAUCAUAUCACUAAUAAAACAUCGAUAAUAUGUUGUUUUUAUUAGACGAUGGAUAGAAGCUCAAACGUGUUAUAACAGGUACAUAACCCUGAAUCGGAAAAACCUAAUUUUUUCAUAUAUUUUUUUGAUAAUAAAUGAA